UCUGUCCCCAGUCUGUCCCCAGUCUGUCCCCUGUCUGUCUGUCCCCAGCGCAGCCGCUCGUGCCCCGCCGUGCCCCCGGUCUGUGCCGUGUCCGGGGCCGCUCCGGGAGCGCGGCCGGGCCCAGCCCCGCUCGUGUUUGCUCGGGGAAUUGGCAGCGGCUGCGGCCCGGGGGGGUCACCCGGGGGUCCCUGCCUGCGCGCUGCUGACGUCCGUCCCGGGCCGCUGGCUGGUGGCACCGGUGUCCCCAGGGAUGCCGUGUCCCCCGGGCAGCCCGGUGACGGUGCCGGCCUUUGGGGGGACACAGGCGCCCCGUGUGCGUCACCGCCUGCUCGGGGGUGGCCGGGGGGGGGGUAUAAAGCCGAGCCUGGCACAUCCCGGAGCAUCCAGGGGCGCCGCCGGCACCGGGGACAUGGAGAACGCUCUGCUCUGCCUGCUCUGCCUGCUGGGCUCCGGCCUCGUCCUGCUCGGCACCCCCGAACCGGUACCGGAGCUCCGGCCCACGCUGAGCCUGCCCGGGCACGGCCGGGAGGAGACGGAGCUGGUGGAGGUGCUCCGGGAGGUGCUGGACGAGCUGGGGACGCGGGAGCCGCCGGCGCUGGAGAAGAGGCUGAGCUGGGUGCCCUGGUGCGAGCCCCGGGAGCCGUGCGCGGUGCGGCGCGGGGCGCGCAUCGGGAAGCUCUGCAGCUGCCCCCGCGGCACCUCCUGCAACCUCUUCAUCCUCAAGUGCUCCUGAGGGAGCGGGGACAGCGGGGGACAGCGGGGGACAGCGGGGGACACCAGCUGCCACCCGCCUGCGGCCCGGGCGGGGCAGGGAGGGGGAGCCGCGGGCCCCAGCCCCCUCCCCGCGCCGGGAUGGACCCGCACGGCACCGCCGGUGCCCUGGCCCGUGGGGCUGGCCGUGUCCAGGGACGCAUUAAACCAU